GUACAUUGAUAUAUUCCUUCCCCAAGUUUCAAUUCCUGCGAUGGUUUUUCGUCGCCGUAAUUGAAAUGAAGGGUUUUUCCACUUCAAUUCCUCUUUUUUGGAUCAUCAUGAUCGAUUCCUAUUAGGGUAGUUUUAUGUACUUAUGCAUUGUAAUUAAUUGUGGAUCAAUAUUAUAAUCAUGGGUUUUUACCCAUGUCAAGCUCUGGUGAGGCUCUUAAAGCAAAGGUUCAGAAUCCAUGCCAAAGCCAAACACGACGACGAUGAUGACAAUAAUGGUGCAAAAGGGGGCAAUAAUGCAGAUUUGAAUCAGCAGCAGUCUACCUCUGCUGAUCCCAAAACAGGCCAAGUGGGCAUCAUUGCAGGUCUCAACAUGGCUCCAACAUUCAUCUACCAAGAGCUAGAAGCUGCGACCAAUGGGUUCGCACCGGAUGCUUAUCUUGGAAGAGGUGGCUUCGGUGCUGUUUACAAAGGCAAACUCAAAAGAAUCGGCCAGUCAGUGGCUGUUAAGCAACUGGAUUCAACUGGAUAUCAAGGAGAAAAGGAGUUCCUUGUGGAGGUUCUUAUGCUCUCUAUAUUGCACCAUCCGAAUCUUGUCAAGUUGGUUGGAUACUGUGCUGAGGGGUCUCAACGUCUUCUCGUCUAUGAAUACAUGCCCAUGGGUUCCUUAGAAGACCGCCUUUUUGAUCUUUCAAACGGGAUGCAACCACUGAAUUGGAAGACUAGGAUAAAGAUAGCUGCUGGAACAGCAAGAGGAUUGGAAUGCCUGCACUCAGCAAGCCCACCAGUGAUAUACAGAGACCUCAAAUCUUCCAACAUUCUGCUGGACAAAGAUUACCAACCCAAGUUGUCUGAUUUCGGGCUUGCCAAGUUCGGUCCAACUGGAGAUAAAUCUCAUGUCUCCACUAGGAUCAUGGGAACUUAUGGGUAUUGUGCCCCUGAGUAUGCCAACACUGGCAAAUUAACCAUGAAGACAGAUAUCUAUAGCUUUGGGGUGCUCUUGCUGGAGCUAAUUACUGGGCGGAGAGCAGUUGAUCAGGUGGAUAGUAAGUCCAGGAAUUUAACCCAAUGGGCUCUUCCUCUGCUGAAAGACAAGAACAAUUGGUUGGAGCUGGCGGAUCCAUUGCUGAAAGGAAAGUACUCAAAGUUUGUGUAUAAUAAGGCCAUAGAGGUUGUGUUGAGAUGUCUAUCUGACAAAGCCAGCUUCAGGCCAACAUCGAGCGAGCUGGUUGGUGCGAUGGAUUACUUGUUGGCUCGAUCGAGUAAGUCGAAAGAUGCUAAGAAGGCUAGUAACGCAGGGUUGGGAUGGCUCGACGCUGAUCAAAACCAGAACGAAAAUGUAGUGACGAAAGCAGUCAAAUCAGUAGUAGAGAACAAGGAUUUGAAUCGUGAGGUUGAUAUCGAGGAAGCCAAAUUGUGGGGCAAGAUUCAGAGAGACAACAAGAAGCCACCUAGGCACGAAGCUAGGAAUGGCUCGGAAGGCACCAAGUAA